AUGAACCCUCACAGGGAGAGGAUUCCCCACUUGGGGAGAAGCAACCCGCCUGAGGAACGGAUGGAUCCCCCCCCGAAAAAAGUAGCACACAAAAAAAUGGUAACGCAAAUGAAACAAAGAGACAACAUCACCAAACAGAGGUACGCACAGAUCGGAGACAGAGUUGUAAAAAUCACCUUCACGAGUGAUAAAAAAAAAAGGAAAGAAUACAAAAAAAGAAAGCAAAUUAAUAUGAUUAUUAGCCAAAAAAAAAAAAAUGAAUUUGAAAAAAAGAAAAAAAUGCUCCGUAAGAUGAAUAACAUGAUUCAGACAGAACGGGAAAAAGGAAACGUAUAUUUUUUACCCAAGAAAUUUCGACAAAAAAAAAAAACCAAACGGAAGAGACUUAUCCUGCUAGAGAAGGAAGCAAAGCAGAGUGUCUACAAUGACUUACUGGGGGUAAUUCAAAAUGGUGAUUCUAAGAGUGAACCCAAAAGGAUACUUCCCCAAAUGGGGGGAGCGGCAAGUUAUGGGAGAGAAGGAUACAUAAAGUUUAUCGCUCGAAAAGCGAAGUGGAGGGCUAUGGGAUCUACCAACUCUUCCAACUGUAGGUGGGGCCAACUGAAAGAGGAGGGAGGAACGAGACGUGACUCAUCCGAUGGGGACCACCAUUUGGAAGAAGCCCCAACUGGAGCAACCGGUGGUGCAUCACAAAUAGGUGAAGAAGUCGCCUGCGUGAAAAGGUUCCUUCUCCUGUGGGGUGGGAAGUUCCCAAGAGGGGGGGGGCUGAGAAGUGGGUCCGCCGAAUCAAGUCGGAAGGGAGCGGUAAGGGCCCCCCCACUUGAUGUACACUCCAAGACGGACAAGCUGAAUGACCCCCCUCAACGGGCACACUCCAAGACGGACAUGCUGAAUGACCCUCCUCAAUGCGCACACUCCAAGACGGACAAGCUGAAUGACCCCACUCAACCAGAACGCCAUGGGGGGGACCUCCCCAGCAGGGAACAAAUAAAAGAGUGCAUCCUAAGAAGCGAAAAAAUUAUGAAUUACAUACAAACAACGAGGGUGCAAAAAAAAACGUACAUUAAUGAGUACGUCGAUCAGGUAAUAACGGAGGAGCUGAACAGUAUGGUUAAAUCACUUUUGGAGAAAAUUUCCAAAUCGCAGGAGAAACUGUUUUUAAUGAAAAAAAAAAAGAAAAGGUACUACUUGGGUCUCCGGGAGAGCUACAGACACGUCUGUAUUGAUGACCCCAAGUUGGUUCUUCUAGCGCCGAACAUUGAACCAAUGACAAACGGGGUGUUCGACGACCAGGUGAAUAAAAUCAUUAGCAAGUGUCGAGAGAAGGGCAUACCCUUGGUCUAUGCCUUAAGUAAGAACUUGCUUGGGAAGUGCAUUAAAAAAUCCCGGCAGAGCGUGAUAUGUAUUGUAGAUAACGAUUCCUUCAUAGGAGAGUGCGAUGCGAUUGUGAGGCUGGCGAACUCGCUCAGGCGGCAUGCGCCAGUUAGCAGCCGUGACACGUCCGUUGGCCCCACUUUGAAUGCGCCCUGA